GACACCUUGAUGGCUAGACUAAGGAAUAGCUAUGCUCUGCCAUGCAUUGACGGGUGUAGGCAGACAAAGGUUACGUCUGCUGGAUUUGGUAGGCCUCAUGUGAUCGUGGGCCUCACAGGUCAGUACUACCUGUUCUCAUCACGAUUGUGUUGCAAAGUCUGCAUAAAACGAUGGUAUGCAGACAACCCACAGUGGCUGGAAAAGCUCCCCAAAAGCUUUACUAAUUUACUGCCUGCGGUUCUUACUUAUAAGAAAGCCAUCUGUAAGUCUCUGUUGGAUGAGCUACGGCGUACAGGUAAAUCGCCCACGGACAUGGCCAACCAGGUGAUGGAAAUGAUGCACCUUAAAUGCGAGCGUGCGAACUUGGCCUACCUUCUGGCUUGGCCGAGUGUCCUCGACUCUGAGGCAGGCAAGUACGGGCAGACGAGCAUCACCGGUUUCACGAGAAAGGAAACUCAGCCUGCUCCCUUCGGUGAUUAUGAUGAUAUUGAUGGAUGGAGUGGCCUGUCUGUGUCUGCUCACUACCUUACUGACUGCCUCCUCCAUGAGUACCAGCGCCAGAAGGAAGCCAUUACAAAGCUUUUACUGGGAACCUUUGGGCAAGCAUUCCGCUCAGACCACACCCGAAAGGUGGCCAGGAAAGUCACAUUUACGUCUGGCACUAUGUCAUCAUAUGCCAUCAUGAACGAACACUGGAUGGUCGUAUCAUGGGUGAUGGUGCAGUCUGAGAAGGAAAAGUCAUUAGAACCCAUGUACCAGGGGCUGGCUAAUCGGUACAGGAUGGCAGGAGUAGAGAAGGCACAGUACCAGUGGAUAGACAGGGACUGCUGUGCAGCAUACAGAGUGCCAGACCCUGAAAAAUCAGAACACCUGAACUGGGAUGCUUGGCAGACAGUGGAUACCGUUAUUCUGGAGGCAACAUCUGGUGUUCUCCAAAACACAUGUGUGUCAAGGUCCCAAUUCGACAAGAACAUAGUGAUCAAACUUGAUCUAUUUCACUGUCUGAGGCGCUUACUUCGCGAAUGUGUAUCAGAGCAUCACGCCCUGUACAGCUCCAAGUUCUUGUCUGCCGCUUUCUGUGUAGUAGAUCUGGAGGACAUGCAGAAGCUAAAGAAUGCCUAUGCAUUUUGUGGGAUUCAGCCUGCCAACCCCACCAAGCAACACAUUCGGGAACACUGCAGAACAAAGAUCCCUCAGCUGGACGAACUUCACAAGAGGGUGGAAGGUGUCAUGAAGCUCUUCUAUUUGGCGUCCGAUCCAAAUGGUGUUCCCCUGUACAAACCCUCUAUGCUGAAGACAUGGCGCAUUCAACGUGUUGACAUCCUGAGAGGCUGUAUCAGUGAUCCUGAGGUGUCUGGUGAGAUCCUGUACAGACAUGGUGGAACAAUUCAACUAAAUCACGUACAGGGUGAGGGGGCUAAAGUUGAUGUGUGGAUUCCAAUAAGAGGAACUUCUCAGCAGGAGGGCUACCACUUUCACCAGGCUCAUUGGGUCACUGGCACACGUGUUUCCUCUGAAUUGUUUCAAGCCCAGAGCAUGAUCGGAGUGGCACGCUGGAACUUUCAGCGUCUGGUGGAUCUGAAAAUACCAGGUGUUUGGCUUCCGGGAGUCUUUGAUCCGUCGCUAAUUGGCGAUCUUAAUACAGCUUCAACAAGGGUGUUAGGAACGGCAAAAUAUCCUGUCCUUCAGGUGUGCUCCAAAGACACUGGAGAGAGGUUUUGGCUGGAGUAUGUGGAACCUGGAUGUCGCCCUAUUUUGCUGGACUGGGAAAAAAAGCACAAGAGCAAGACCACUCAAGCUUUCAGUCCAGCUGAUCAAGGAAGCACGCCCACUGCCCAGUCUGCAGACCAUCCUGUUGAGCUUGAUGUGACUUCAAGUCCUCAGCUAGUGUCAGAAUUUGCUCCCUUGCAUUCUUCACUGGAUAGUGCCCAUUUGGAACUACAGUCAGAACCAGAAUGCACCGGGACGCUGCCUUUGCCAUCACUGUCCUCAUCUCAUGGUGCCCAUGCAGAACCUGGGUCAAAGCCAGAAACCACAUACACACCACCCCUGCCCAUGCUGGCCUCACCUUCUAGUACCCGCACUGGACCGGUGAAGACUGGUGGAAGGGUGUUCGUGCUGGAUCACAAACAUUGGACAGCGCCAAUGAAGGAGGCCAUUGACCGCUUGUUGAAUAAGCAACAUGGGAAGAAGGACAUGCUAAAGCUUGUGGAUCAGGAGUGUGCAGCAAUGGUCCACAGCUCCUGUACUGACCCCAACAGCAUGCUUCAUCCAACCACAAGACUGCACAUAUCACAGUAUGUCAAGCACUUGGCCAAACUGCUGAACACCACUACUGCAUUAAACACAAGUCCAGAAAAACUGCAGGAACGACAGCAACUCUGGCACUCGUUGACAGAGGGAAGUGGAACUACCAGUGUGCCAGUGGUAACUCUGCACCCUGCAAAGAUGUGUCUUGCCUGUGGACAGCCAAAGUCUCGCUAUGAGAAUGAUGGCUCCUCUGUCCACUUUUUUUUAUCAACAAGGCCCUGUCAGAUAUUUCUACUGCUCUACAAAGGUCUUCAAAGCUUACAGUGGUGAAGGACUAACAAACCCCAGAAUGCCAUUUCAAGACUUUAUGGAAACCGAGUUCUUUCAGAGAGAACUUGCGUCCACAAAGAAACAGGUGGAGGAGAAAAGAACGCAAAAGCGCAAGAGGCCUGAAGUACACUGUGUUGGACGCCUGUGUAGUUUUUGUAAGAUGGAACAAAAGCAGGGCCCAAACAGUCCACACCUACAUACAGACUUCCCUGGUAUUCCUGGGAAAUAUAUAUACUCUCCUUCAAAAGUCUUUUCCAUUUACCAGCACCAGGGGAUGGAAAAAGAAAUGACCUGGAAGGAGUUUAAGAAGUCUGCAUUUUAUGAUAUGGAAAAACAGAGAUGGGUGGCAGAAAAAAGAAAAUAAAAAUAAAUGUUGUAAAUUUCCUUUCACCUGCAGUAAACUUUUGUA